CCUCCGCCGGGAGCAGAUGGGGUGGCGGAGCGUGGGGUGCCGGCGCGCCAGGAGGGUCCCGCGGACGAGCACCUGAUGCGGCUGGCAACGGCUUGGCUGCGAACGGGUAGCCCAGAAAUGGCGAAAGCUCCGCCGCCAGCUGGCCCACGCCGUUUAAGUGGUGCUCAGUGGCACAUGCAGAACAUCCUCAAAGACUCCGUGGAGAGCUCCGAUGAUGAAUUCUUCGAUGCGCGAGAAGAGGUGGUGGAAGGAAAAAAUGCUAUUCUCAUAGGCAUGAGCCAGUGGAACUCAAACGACCUUGUUGAACACAUAGGAACAAUUGGGAAGCUGGAAGAAAAUCAAGGUGAAGAGUCUGCAUUUUGCUCAUCUGGCUUUCUGCAGGAGAAACGUGAAUUAUAUAGAGGCUCUUUGAGGAAACAAAUGUUUCCAGCACAAGGCAGUGUUGAAAUUCAUGAGGACAAUGAGGACGGAGUUCAACACCAGAGCUGCAAAACUCAUGUGCUAAUUUUGAUCCUACAUGGGGGGAACAUCCUAGACACUGGAGGUGGGGACCACAGCAGCAAGCUGGCAGACAUCAAUACCUUCAGUUCUGUGUUUGAGAAAGUGACCCAAGCACAUUUUCCUGCAGCUUUGGGCCACAUCUUAAUCAGACUUGUUCCCUGCCCAGCAAUCUGUUCAGCAGCUUUCUCUCUUGUUUCCAACCUAAAUCCCUACAGCUAUGAUGAGAGCUGUCUCAGCAGCAGUGAAGACCACAUCCCACUGGCUGCCUUGCCCUUGUUGGCAGUUUCAUCCCCUCAGUACCAGGAUGCAGUUGCCUUGGUGAUCAGUAGAGCCAAUCAAGUUUACAAUGAAUUUCUGAAAUCUACAGAUGGGGCUGGGUUUAAUGGACAGGUGUGUCUCAUUGGUGACUGCAUUGGAGGAAUUUUGGGCUUUGAUGCCAUCUGCUAUAAUUCUAACACAGCUGACGAGAGUCGGAAUAGUAGCAGGAGAGGAAGCAUCAGCAGUAUCCAGGCUAAUACCCUCUUAGCAGAGGACUCAAGGCUGAGUGGCAGCAAACGCCUGAGCAAAAGCAAUAUUGACAUCUCUGGAAUCAUGGAGGAUGAGAAGCCAAGGCAGCCGUUGCCUAGGAAACAGAGUGAUUCAUCCACCUAUGACUGUGAUACUAUAACCCAGCAUCAUGCUUUCCUGUCUAGCAUCCAUUCAAGUGUAUUGAAAGAUGGUGCAGACUUUCCUCCUGUGAAUUCCAGUCUCUCAGAAGUAAACCUGGGCCGAUUCGAAUUUGAGGUGUCUGAUUUCUUCCUCUUUGGAUCACCGCUUGGUUUGGUGCUGGCCAUGAGGAGUACUGUUCUGCCUGGCCUGGAUGUAUGCCAGGUCCGUCCAGCCUGCAGCCAAGUGUACAGUUUCUUUCACUCUGCUGACCCCUCUGCCUGCAGACUUGAACCACUGCUGGAGAAAAGAUUCCAUCUCCUGCCCCCGUUCAGUGUCCCACGGUACCAGAGAUACCCACUAGGGGAUGGAAGAUCUCACCAGUUAGGUGAUGCUAUUAACAACCACAGCACUCUUUUCCUUGAGAACUGCUCUUUGAACAUACCUUUCUCUCAAGAGACUCCUGGAUCUCCAAAUGCAUCUGAUCAACCACAAGGAAAAACAAGAAAGUUGAGCUUGGCCAGCACAAAUAGUGAAAACUCAGGGUCAACAGAAAGUUUGCCAUCAGCAUACUUCACCAACAUUACAGCAAAGUGGUGGGGAACAAAACGAAUAGAUUAUGCCUUGUAUUGUCCAGAUGUGCUGACAGCCUUUCCAACUGUGGCCCUUCCGCAUCUCUUCCAUGCCAGCUACUGGGAAUCAACAGAUGUUGUGGCCUUUAUUUUAAGACAGGUGAUGAGGUAUGAAAAUGUAAAUUUCAAGGAAAAUUACAACCUGGAUGCAGCAACACUAAGCCCGUCCAAUCCACGUGAAAAAUGGCUACGCAAAAGGACACAUGUCAAAUUGAGAAAUGUCACUGCUAAUCACCGAGCUAAUGAUGUCAUUGCAGCAGAAGAUGGUCCUCAGGUUCUAGUUGGGCGCUUUAUGUAUGGACCUCUCGACAUGGUGGCCUUAACAGGUGAAAAGGUUGAUAUCUUCAUAAUGACUGAGCCAUCUUCGGGUAGGUGGGUGUAUUUUGACACGGAGAUAUCCAACAGCAGUGGCCGGAUAUCCUACAGCAUACCCAAACAGAAGAGACUGAGAGUGGGUGUGUAUCCCAUCAGAAUGGUUGUCAGAGGGGACCAGAGCAGUGCUGCGAGUUACCUGACCGUUCUUCCCCGAGGAAUGGAAUGUGUUGUGUUCAGCAUUGAUGGUUCAUUUGCAGCAAGUGUUUCAAUUAUGGGAAGUGACCCCAAAGUCCGAGCUGGGGCUGUUGAUGUUGUCAGGCAUUGGCAAGACCUGGGAUAUCUGAUUAUCUAUAUUACUGGUCGUCCAGAUAUGCAAAAACAGCGUGUAGUUUCAUGGUUGUCUCAACAUAACUUUCCACAAGGGAUGAUCUUCUUCUCAGAUGGACUUGUUCAUGACCCACUGCGUCAAAAGACCAUUUUUCUCCGGAACCUCAUGCAAGAGUGCCACAUCAAAAUCUGUGCUGCAUAUGGUUCCAUGAAGGAUAUUUCUGUGUACAAUGUCUUGGCUCUGUCACCAUCCCAGAUCUACAUAGUUGGACGAUCAACAAAGAAAUACCAGGCACAGUGUCAAUUCCUCAGUGAAGGUUACGCAGCUCACUUGGCCUCACUGGAGUUCAGUCUCCAUUCACGACCGAAGAAGAACAACUCUCGGAUGAUACUGAGAAAAGGCAGCUUUGGCCUCCACUCCCAACCUGAGUUUUUGCGCAAAAGAAACCAUCUCCGUAGGACUAUGUCUGUACAGCAACCUGACCCACCUUCUUCAAACCCCAAGCCAGAGCGUGCCCAGAGCCAGCCUGAAUCAGACAAAGACCAUGACAGGCAUUUGCCCUCCAUUGCUUGGGUUCGAGAAAUAAGAAAUGGCCUGGAGCAGCUUGAAUCCUGUGCCAUGGACUCUGGAAUUGAAGUCAGGUGUUGGUAUUUCCUCUUUCCCUCAUUUUAGUUCAAGCCCAAGGUAAGGGGAUUACAGUUUACCCUCUUUGUAUUUCUCUCAAUAAGAUACAUUUGAAACUGGAUAUAAUUGUGGGGGACAGGAGAACAUGAAAAAAAUGACUGUUUGUCAUUUAUAAGAAUUUACAGAACUUAUAGGGGAAAAGAGAGGGGGGCAGGUUUACUGUUAUAUGCUGGGAGAUAGUAUACCAGAGAUCACAAUACUAAAACCUAAUUGAGAGAUUGCAAACUUUAAAGAUAAGUUUAUUCUGGGAGCACUGGUACAGGGCCCAGAAUAGCAGUCCUCUCACAGAACCACAAGCCUUCUGCACAACUUAUUUUUCUAUUUGUGGGAGAAGGAAAGGAGCUGUCCACUGACAACUGAAUUAAUACAAGGAAACUUGAAAUUGUACAUGUUCUUUCAGUUGAUAGUUUUAUUACGUGCAUACUUUUAAAUAUCGUUUGUUAGUGAGAAGGUUCUGUUUGGUGACAAAUGUUUAUAUUUCUUAUGGCUGCCUUGUAAAGAUUAAAAAAAUGUACGAUAAUGAAUUUCUUAAUAUGAAAUAAGGAGUAAGAUUUCUAUAACUGGUACAGAUUUUGAUGUGAGCUGGUUUUUAAAAUCUUAAUAUGUUAAGUCACUUAAAUAAAAUCUUCCUUGC